AGAAUUGGUCAAAUGUGUCUGGACUCAAGUAAUGUAUAUUCGAAGACGGAAUUAUGAACAUGGAAGAAUAAAAAGAAACAAUCGCAGAAACAAAUCGAACGAAUCGCUUCAUUUUAUGUAAGUUUUCAAAGUCUCAAAGAUAGUAGACUUGGAUGCAAAUAUUAGUUCCAAAUUAUUAAGUACUGGUUAGAAGAGCCCAGAAAGUUACAUGAUCUGUUCUAGAAACUAAAGGAAUCCAAGUUCGAUUAACCUGAUGGAUCUGGAAGAAAACAUUACUCCUCUGAAGUUGUGUCAGAUCUGAACUUGUUCAAGUUGUAGAGGAUUUUAAUGAGUACCGGUAAUCCAGUGAAUCCCUAAAUCCGUCACCUUCCAAGACACAAAUAUCUGAUGCGUUCGUUCUGGGCUUUGAAUAAUUUAUGUGUUAGUCCUUUUUAUAAGAAAUCAGAUAAAAAACUCCUAUGAUUAAGCCGAUCGAAGUGAAUCCUGGAGUUUUAAGGCUAUUAAUGUCUGGGAAGGGUCUCUGUCAAAGUCGAUAUAUGGUCUGGUGUCAUUAAAUAAAAUACUUGUGUUGCUUAUUGUAGAAGCUUGUAGCUGCACUUUAUUCACUGUCGUAUAUUUUGCCGUGAGUGAGAUAUAUUCGUCUGACAAUCGUAUACCAGUUCUCAGUGUGUUUAUAGCUUCAGCUGUGUGUUACCUAUAUGGAUUAAGUAAUUUUUACGUCUUGUGGCGUGGACUACUCAAUGAGGUCUUUCAUUUCCUGGACUUUCAAUCAAAGCUCAUUAUGUACUAAAGAAGGAUGCUUUUUUUGAAUAUAGCCAUUUCUCAUGUGAAUACCAAUCGCGAGUAAUUGUUGUAUGAAUAACUGCUGCUUUAAAAUUGUGAAAGACAGGUUAUAUGGUUUCUGUCUAGAAAUUCCAGUACAUUCUGUAAGAUUUCCAAAUAUACCUCUGAAGCUAAAUAUUGUAAUCCCGCUUCGAAUAAUUAUAAACUCACCAGGUUAUUUGGGUAUUUCUGGCGUGUCCAUCGACUCUAUCACUUGUCUUUGUGGCCGUUUUUGGUUGGGUUGGAUAGCUAACCAUUAUCAAAGUCGGUCUUAAAGUAUAAUUUUUUAACAAUUUAUAAUGAAUGUCAUGUUAAGUACGGAAUCGAAACUAUAAUAUCCAAAAGACUUAUUUAUGAAACAACACAAGUUUAAUCGAUGGUUAAUAAAUGUUGAUUGUCGUCAAACAGGUUCCGUGAAUGGUCUUACUAGGUACUAAGACAGUUCCAUGUAUUAUGCAUGUGGUUUCACGAUGGAAAUCACUUCUGGUAUAUCGCAUUUAAGAUCAGUGCUGCUUGUAAAUUGUUUGAUUCAAGAAUACCAACAUCUUAACUCCUAAACCGCAGUUCUAAGAACAACUAUCUUGCUUUUGAUAUCGUGAAUUCAGACAUUACUGAAUAUUUUCCAUUUGAAUAUACAAAACAUUUAAUUUAGUGAAAAUGCGUACCUAAUUAGCAGAAGGCUUCGAGUUUGGGUUUUAUCACUCUUAGUUUUAAGGAAACCGCUUACUGUUUUUCUGCUCAUAAAUAGAGCGUGUUGGAUUGCUGUUGGGCUGAAUAUUUUUUUGUUUCUUUAAAUCAGAAUCCAUAACUUAAAUCGUAGUGCUGUGUGUUAAGAGUACUGUAAUAGUAAACGUGAUUCCCGAAAUUUUAGAUUUGGAACCUAUUUUAAACUUCUAUUGGCUUGGGCAAGCAUAAUAAUGCUGGACUUUUUUACGGAUCUUCGUUUUGAAUUUAUUUGGUCUUGUUGGCUAAUGGUACGAACAGUUAAUGAUUCAUUCAGAUAUCAGGGUCUGGCAUUUGCUCUGUUCUUUACACUCACUGCAAUCAUGGCUGAUUUGCUUUGUUACUUCCUUGUACCUACUACAUUGAUCUACCUGCUUGGUAGUUCAUGUGUAUGGAUACAUCUUUUAUGGCAAACAGAUCGUGGUGUGUAUAUCCCAACAGUUGCACUAUGUUUUUUAUUCUUCUAUGUCGAGGUAGCUGUAAGAUUCCGUGAUCCAAAAAGCCAGCCGCUGGGUAUAGAUCUCUGCAGACCUUUUGCAGCUCAUUGCAUUGGCUAUCCCGUUGUAACUUUGGGUUUCAGUCUAAAGAGUAUGAUCUCACAUCAUUUUCGUUUGAGAAGACAAAAGUUUGUGGAAGCACAAAAUAUAACGUUUUUUUCGAUUCUGGAAGAAGCAUUACCAAAGGAACUUUGGUGCUAUUUAAAAUCAGACACCAUUCCUAAAUCUAAACAUUCGAAUAUGGUUUGUGAAAAUAACUGUUCAACACUGGCUAUUUCUUCUCCCACAUCCACUGUGCCAAAUGUAACUUCAUCUGGAAAUAUGUCUGAAUUAAAUAGGGUUAACCCGAUUCAUUCCAGAGAUAAAGAAAUUCAUCCUGCCUCAAGUGUUAAUAAGAAGAAUAUGUCUCUGAAUCAUCCCCGUACAACACGCCUCGUCUAUUCAUCUACUCGUGGUGAUAAUUGUACGGAUCUUUCUUUAUGUUCAAAUGAUAGUAGUGUUUCACAAGAAUGUACAUUUCGGUUAGGAAAUGAUGAACCAGUGAAUAACCAUACUUCUGUACCAUCAUCACUUUCAGAGCAGCCUGAUUCGUAUGUGGCCGUCUCUCUCGCUCAAACGAUAAUUGUAAAGGUUCCAUCUGUCCCUAACUCUGUUGUUCCAGAUACUGUUUCUGAUGACAAUCAUAUGGAGAGGGACACUGAUAUGAAGGAGGAUAAACUAGUUCACAAGAAAUCCACGUCACUACUUGCUUCAGUUACAUCUGGUUUAUCAACUUCAACUUGUUCUAAUUCAACUAGUAAUAAUAAUAGAGCCAAAUCGAACUGUACACCAUCAAAUUCAAAAUCUUGUGAAACAAAACAAUCACCUCCAUCAAUGAAUAUUACUUCAAAUAAAACAACUCUUUCUAAUAAUUCGAAUGUAAGUUCACCUUCUUCUGGGGCUGCUGCUAGUAGUAGAUCCAAUACAUGCGGUUCAACCUCAUUAUCAACUGGUUGUAAAUCAGGCGGUAAAAAUGCUAACAAGGAUGAGUAUACUUUAAAACUAGAAGCCGAGGCUAGAAAUUUAAAAUCGGAAAUCCAGUCUUUACGUAGUUCAGAAAUUCAGUUACGUGGUCAAGUUCAGCAGUUACUUGCUGCUGAACGAACAUAUCGCUCUGAAAGUUCUCAAGCUCAGCAAGAAUCUGAAAGUUUGCAAGCCAAACUCAACCAGUUGACUCAACGCCUUCAGGCGGAUCGUGCCAGUCUACAGGCAGCUGAGAAACGUCUCACUGAAGAGCGUAAAUAUCGUUUGCUUCUCGAACAGCAGUUCAAACAGCAAUCUGGUAAACAAAUAGAAGCAAGCUCCUCAGAAUCAACAUCUAACGAACCAGUUAUUUCUAAAACUACAGAUUCAAAAGCUUCAAUGACUGAAUCUCGAAGUACUUCAUUAAAUUCCUGUGAUCCCAUAUGCGUUGAAGCAUGUAAAAACAAUGAAUUAUGCGCAAAACGAAGGCAGGAACUAGAAUUAGAAUUGCAAAAUCUUACAAAAGCUUUAACUCUUAAAAAUAAUCAACUUACAGCACUGAACUCUGAACGUUUUUCACAUGGUGGACUAAGUGAAUCCAAUGAUAAGACAUGGAAAAAGCAAACUAAAAAUGAACGAACAAAACAAUCUAAUUCUGUAGAACAAAACUACAAUAUGAGCAAACGGCGGCAAAAGCAUGAAAUAACUGAGACUGAAUUAAGUGAUCUUGCCUCUCGUGUAAACUCUUUGCAAGAAGAAAAUCAACGUCUGACAGACACCUUAAAAGAGGAAGACAAAAUGAAACAGGAGCUUAUGACGGCUUACCAUUCUUCUCUAAAAGAGAUAACAGAAUUAAAUGCUACACUUACAAAGAAGGAGUACCAAAUCGUCGAACUUAACAAGCGCUUAAAUUGCCUUACUCCAAAUCUCUGUGAGUAUGUAAGCAGAAUGAAUGCUUCAACAUCAAAUUGUGCUAAAGUUUCAAACAUUUCGAUCCCUUUGGAUGGCAUUCCUAACGAAGAAUGUGUAAUAAACUCAUAUUCUGUCACAGAUACUUCACAGAUGUACACAAACUUUAACAAAACACAAAUAGAUGAGCACAACCAUAUAGACAGAAUUGUUUCUAAAUCUGGGUCGACAAACAGAAUGAAUUCUUAUAAUCAGUCUUACUCCCUGACUCCAUAUGAAACAUCUGCGCCAUUGAAUAAUCUAUCAAAUCAAAAGUCAAGCAUUUAUUUUGCUGAUCGUUGUGCCAAAUCAAAGCCUUUCUUCACAUCCCCCUUUCCUGUUACUGAUAGAAAAUUUCAUGGAAUUUCUGAAAUAAAUAAUUCCACUAAUCUUAAUAAUUUAGACUAUUUCGGUCAUCUUACUUCGUCAGAAGAGGUUAUUCCAUCGUCGUCGUCACUAACCAAUACUGGACUAGGUUAUCAAACAAGUCUAAAUGACCAUUGUCACAUAAAUAAUAGAAUGCAUUUUCGUCCGGACAAACUAUCUAAUUCAAACGCCUUUCAUCUCAGUCAUUUCGAAACCCUUGGUAUGAAAUGUAUGAAUGGAGGAUACACGUCAUAUGAUAAUGCUGUUUUAAAUAGAGUUUUACCAACCAGAUCUAUGCCGUUGUGUAGUACCAGACCAAUGACUAUCGGGAAUUCAGCCCAAGCUUCGUCACCCCCGCCUUUGUUUGUUCCACCUCCUGGCCUCUUACAUGGUGAUAUUGCUUCUAGUGUUUUGCAUUAUUCACACUCUAUUAAUGGAACAUUAUCAUUGCCAUCUUUAGAAGUGGUUGCAAAUUCUUCAGUUUGUGUCACUGAGUCCAUGUCAACAACCCCAACUGCAGUUAGUUCAUAUAGUCCUCGGAUUGCACCUGACUCAUAUUCCACAGAUCCAGUGCAUACAGUUGGUCACCAGGAAGAUCUAUCAUCUCAAUCGUACAGCAGUUUGAAUUUUAAUAGUUCAGUAUGUGACAACUUUACUAAUCUCAACCCACAUUCGAUAUUCAUGACAUCUAAUGAACCUAGUUGUUUUCAAUUUGGGAUGAGAGGUUCCACUGAUGAUAAGCCCAACUCUUUUGAUUUCACUACAUUUGGUCCCGUUGGGUCAUCAUCACCAGCCGGUACUUUCAUCCACUCAAAUUUAAAUAGUUCUAACUGCAAUAGUUCUAUCUUGUCAAAUUUAACUUCAACAGGUUUACAGAGUAGACAAGUGUGUUUAGAUUCACAAAAUACUGAUACCUUAAGGUUUCCUAUGAUGUCUCCAUCAGUUUCGCAUUCAGAUGCCAUCUCAAAUUCAUCUACGAUGUAGUAGCAAUCAGACAUUAUAAGAGCUGAGUUGUUUUUGUCUUAUCGUAUGUUUACAUCAAAAAUUCUUAUUUUGCUGUAUUUCCGUUAUUAAUUUUUAUCCGGACAGCAGUGUGGAAAGAAAACUAAGUUUUAUUAACUGUUUAAGAGCUUUUCGAAACUCGUGAUUCGUCUUACGGGGACCCAACUUUGCAUUUUGAUAACCUUCAGAGAGUUUGACCUUUUUUCUGGAGUUUAUGUACCCUAAUUUUAUUGUUACUUUACUAUUACAACUCGAUAUAUUUUUUUGCGUUAUUAUCUCCUAAUCGGUUAACAUAACAGCAGAAUCUGCUUUAAAUGGUUUGUCUCAGCUGCCAAUUUGUCUCUCUUCUAAGAUUUGUCUUCUAGACCCUUCUAAUCACUUUUUUAAUAUCUUCGUAUGACUUAUGCUAUUUCUUUUGUUUCCAAACUAAGCAUUAUGGUCUAGUCGUUGCGUCUUCGUGUUAUUCUUCUUCAUAAUUUUGUUCCUACCUUCCCCUUUUUAAAUGUGUUGCUUAACGCUUUGUAAUCGAUACUAAAAUUGUGGUCUUUGUUUUGUAUUUACGACUUAUGCACACUUUUCCAACUCAUCUUUUUUGUUCACACGUUUAAGAGUAUCUCAAUGGUUGGCUAGUUAUCUUCUUUUCCUGUUUCUUAUCUUUCAUGUUCAGUUUACAUUCUACUGUGCAGCAUGAACUUUGUUUCUUUAACCAUGAUAAAAAUUACUGAAAAAUAACAAAAUUUAUGUGAGACG